AUGGAGCCCAGCAGCCAGCGGCCCCCGAGGCCCAGCCCCAGCGCCGGGCUCAGCCUGGACGCCCCGGUGGGCGCGGACACGCGCCUCUGGGCCAAGGUGCUGUUCACAGGGCUCUACGUACUCAUCUUCGUGCUGGGCACGGCGGGCAACGUGCUGUCCGUGCACGUAGUGCUGAAGGCGCGUGCCGGCCGCCCGGGGCGCCUGCGCUACCACGUGCUCAGCCUGGCGCUGGCCGCGCUGCUGUUGCUGCUGGUCAGCGCGCCCGUGGAGCUCUGCAACGCCGUGUGGCUCCACCACCCCUGGGCCUUCGGCGACCUGGGCUGCCGCGCCUACCACUUGGUGCGCGAGCUGUGCGCCUACGCCACGGUGCUGAGCGUGGCCAGCCUGAGCGCCGAGCGCUGCCUGGCCGUGUGCCAGCCGCUGCGCGCCCGCCGCCUGCUAACGCCGCGCCGCACCUGCCGCCUGCUGGCGCUCGUCUGGGCCGCCUCGCUCGGCUUCUCCCUGCCCAUGGCGGUCAUCGUGGGCCAGAGGCACGAGCUGUGGACGGCGGGCGGCCAGCUGGAGCCGGCCUCCCGAGUGUGCACCGUGCUGGUGAGCCGCGCCGCGCUGCAGGUCUUCGUCCAGGUGAAUGUGCUGGUAUCCUUCGUGCUGCCCUUGGCGCUAACGGCCUUCCUGAACGGGGUCACCAUGAACCACCUGGUGGCCCUCUACUCCCAGGUGCCGUCGGCUUCUGCCCCAGGCAGCUUUGCCCCCAGCCACCUGGAGCUGCUCAGUGAGGAGGGGCUCCUGGGCUUCAUCGCUUGGAGGAAGACGCUCUCCCUGGGGGGCCACCAUGCCCUGCUGCGACACAGGGACUCCAGCCGGAUCCGCAGCCUCCAGCGCAGCGCCCGGGUUCUCAGAGCCAUCGUGGCUGUGUAUGUCGUCUGCUGGCUGCCGUACCACGCCCGCAGGCUCAUGUACUGCUACACCACGGAGGACAGGUGGACCGACGCGCUCCAUGAUUUCUAUCACUACUUCUACAUGGUGACCAACACGCUCUUCUACGUGAGCUCAGCGGUGACCCCCGUCCUAUACAACCUCAUGUCCUCCUCUUUCAGGAGGCUCUUCCUAGAGGCCCUUGGCGCCCUGCGCCGAGAGCCCCACGCCAUGCAGGCGUCACCCCUGGAGGCCCCAGAGGCCCCCGCGACUGGGCACAGCUCUGGGUGUUGGGGCUCCCCCAGAACUCCCGAGCUGGAUGAGAUACAAGAAUGA